CGGAAAUUGAAAACUUCUCACAUUACAGUACAAUAUAUAGUUAUCUUCACCCGAGCAACUUUUCCUUCUGACUUCCAUUUUUUUUCCUCUUAUCUGCGGCUAGGGUUUUAGUUCAGUCGUCUCCUCACAAGAUGAAUGUAGAAAAGUUGCAAAAGAUGGCCGGUUCGGUUAGAACCGGUGGAAAGGGUACCAUGAGAAGAAAGAAGAAAGCCGUACACAAGACAACUACAACCGAUGACAAAAGACUACAGAGCACCUUGAAAAGAAUAGGUGUCAAUUCCAUUCCUGCCAUUGAAGAAGUCAACAUUUUCAAAGAGGAUGUUGUUAUCCAAUUCAGUAACCCCAAAGUUCAAGCAUCAAUUGCUGCAAACACAUGGGUAGUCAGUGGUACCCCCCAGACAAAGAAAUUGCAGGAUAUUCUUCCUCAAAUUAUUCACCAGCUGGGUCCUGAUAAUUUGGAGAAUUUGAAGAAGUUGGCUGAGCAGUUCCAGAAGCAGGCACCUGGUGCUGCAGAUGUGGCUGCAGGUGCUGUUGCAGCACAGGAAGAUGAUGAUGAUGUACCAGAACUUGUGGCUGGUGAAACUUUUGAAGCUGCCGCUGAGGAGGGCCAUACUUCCUGAAGGUGGUGGAGGGGGUGGCUGCAUCGACAUAUGGGGCAUAGCAUGAUGACCACCAUUAAAGUGCUGAGGUGGUGGUGGCGGACGCCAAACAUUACCACCCAUUGCAGCUGGCAGAGCUAGGAUGGUAAGGAAGGUGGUGUAAAAGUGAACCACCUACAGUUUUUUUGAUGAGCCGCUAAUGCUACACUUUUGGGGGGGAGGGGGGAGUAAUUCGAAAGAUCUAUAUUAAUCGUUAAAUAUAGAUUCUUAAACUACAUACUUAAAGUAUCAUUCUUAUCAUAAAACAUCUUUUAAGUAUUUUAAAGUGAAUAAUUUUCAUCCUUCUA